AGAUUUCUUAAAGGGGCAGGUCCUUUUUUGGGGUGCAGAAAACAAGGAAGGAAACUGCAUGGAGAGAACGAAGGAAGAUAAGGAAACACAUUCAGAUGAGUCGUAGUUGGUCUCCUCUGUGUCCUGGUUGUGCCACAAGUACUGGACCUUUCUCUCCGGAGAGACCCAUUUCUCUGUGAAGGCGCCCCAUGGUAUGGCAAAGGGAUUCCUGGUCCGGACGGUUGCUGUCGUUUCUCUCACUGUAACUCUGUCUGCUGUUGCCGCUAAGCCUCCUCCUUCCUGCCGCCAUCUCUAUCCGCUGCUCCCAGCUGCCAAGAAUCUUGGCUUCAGCCCCUCUUCGGGACACGGAUUUCACAGCUACACUAUUAAAAUGUCUGCUUAUAGAAACUGGAAGGAAAAGGUUCAUAUCAAAGCGAGGACCUCUCCAUAUCCAGGGUCGAAGGUCGAGCGCUGUGAAGUGCCCAACAACAAAGUGUCCUGGUCAGUUGACUGGAAAGACUAUUGUCCUGUGGAAUAUACAGCUCCCUCCGUCUUGGCAGGGCCCCAGUGGGCAGAUCCAGAGGUUGGGGCUAAAGAUUUCUCCCCAAAGUUCAAUGAAAUGGAUGGGAAAGUGGACAGGAGGAGCCUGAAUGGUUUAUAUGUCAUGGAAAAUGGAAGGCCCAGGAAUCCUGUGGGCAGGACUGGAAUCGUGAGCCGAGGUCUCUUGGGACGCUGGGGACCAAAUCAUGCUGCAGAUCCUAUUAUAACCAGGUGGAAGAGUGAUGGCAGUGGUAAUAAAUUGGCUCACUCAGGAUCUGGCAAAAACAUCUUGCAGUUCAUUGCAAUCAAAAGGAAGGACUGUGGUGAAUGGGCCAUCCCAGGGGGAAUGAUCGACCCAGGAGAGAAGUUAUCUGCUGCACUGAAACGAGAAUUUAGUGAGGAGGCUUUAAACUCCUUGCAGAAGACGCCGGCUGAGAAGGAGGAGAUGGAGGAGCAGCUGAAUAAGCUUUUCAACCAGGAAAAUUUUGUGGUAUAUAAGGGAUAUGUGGACGAUCCACGAAAUACAGACAACGCUUGGAUGGAGACAGAGGCAGUCAACUACCAUGAUGAGUCUGGUGAGGUAAUGAAUAAGUUACAUCUUGAAGCAGGAGACGACGCUGGAAAAGUAAAAUGGGUUGACAUCAGUGAAAAGCUCAAACUGUAUGCCAGCCAUGCCGACUUUGUCAAGAUUGUCGCAGAGAAAAGAGGAGCGCACUGGAGGGGAGAUCCCUAAUUUUAUCGGCUUUAAUGGAGACUGACAACAAAAGCCUCAAUAUGUCAGAUGGAAUUGUAGGUGUUUAUGCCAUUUCAAGGGAGACAUAAUUGACGAAGGAAGCAAAGUCCUGUUAUUUCAACAGGGGACACUUAAACUUCUACUAAAAUCUGUGGGGCUUUCCAACAAACUUCACUUUUUAGUAUUACCAGACCAAUAGAUAAAACACUUCCUUGGUCCAUUAUGUCCAUUAAGGAUUUUGUUGUUGUUGUUGUGGUUCAGAAACAUUUUAAAACUGCCUUUACAUUACAUUUACAAUUCCAAAUGUUUCCAUGAUUCUCACAGACUGGAAACACUUUGCUUUUUACAUGCUUCCAAAAAGGGAAGGCUUUGAGUAUGAAAAUGUUUUAUAUCAUCAUCUUAUUUCUUUUUAAAAUAUGACGGAUACACUUCCUUUUCUGUUGCAAUUGCCAUAUUGUUUACUGAUAAGCAAGUAACCACUAUUAAACAGGUUUUAGGCUUUUUCUUGCUGACGUUGACCUAGUAUGGGAGAAAUACGAGGGUUGUCCGGAACGUAUGGGAAGCUCGCAAAAGCGAACGAGCAGUGCCAGUCGUCAGAAGCUCAUCAACUGGCAGGGACGUUGACCUAGUAUGGGAGAAAUACGAGGGUUGUCCGGAACGUAUGGUUACAAGUUUUUGAAACACAAAGAAUGAAUAUAUUUUAAUAAAACUUACACGAGUUGUAGCAUAGGUAUUACAUUAUUUUUCCACAUAAUCACAAUUCAAUUCAAUACAUUCUGUCAUCUGUGGGGUGAGUUUUUGAUGCCUGUGUCAUGGAAGUUUCCAUCCACAUUUUUCAGACAGUUCGUCACUUCGAUUUUCACCUCGUCGUCAUCGGAAAAGUGUUUUCCACCCAGGUGUUCCUUCAAUUUAGUGAACAGAUUAUACUCACUGGGUGCAAAAUAGGGACUGUGAGAGGGGUGCCUUAAAACAUCCCAACCAAAAGAAGUCAACAACUCCUGCAUUGCAUGAGUGACAUGCAGACACUCAUUGUCAUGAAGGAGUCAGACUCUCGCCGUUAGCACUCCACGAUGUUUGUUUUGGAUGGCUCUGCAAGGUAUCAUCAUGAUCUCACAAUAUAUUCCGUACCCAUUUUGUCACAUGCUGUCUUGACAUUACGCCCUCUCCAUAAACGGAAAGGAUUUCACGAUGAAUCGCAGCAGCGUUCAUGCCCUUAGCAUUUAGGUAGCGUAUUAUAGCACAAACUUCUUACUUGGAGGAAACAGAAUGAGGAUGCACCUCUCUAACCUUCACCACAAUGCCAGUUGAUGAGCUACUGAUGACUGGCACUGCUUGUUCGCUUCUGUUGGAUACACAACAAUGAUACCAACUUCCCCUGGGAAAAUUCCUUGUAUCUUGUAACCUUACUUUCCGGAUAACUCUCGUAGUCUCAGAUAUGUAUCUUAAGGUAGUGAAACAAUUAAGUCUGUGUUCCUAUGCACAUUUACUGGGAAUAAAACCCAUUGAAACCGAGGGCUAAACAUGCUCAGGAUUGCACGGACUGUACUAGAAUCUGGAUUUCAGCUUCACUAGACAAACCAGCAAGUAUGACAAUUGUCUUAGUUUGUCAGAUUGGCAUUUUUUUUUUCAGAUGGAAAA